ACCAUUGUUACAAAGUCUGAUUUUGGGCUAUCGGUUUCCAUUCUCAAUUUCUCGACCAGACGAAAGCAAAGGAUUGGAGUUGAUCUUCUCCUCAUAGCAGCAGCGAUGGGCAGGAAAUUCUUCGUCGGUGGAAACUGGAAAUGCAAUGGAACAACGGAGGAGGUCAAGAAAAUUGUUGCAAUUCUGAAUGAUGCCAAGGUCCCCUCACAGGAUGUUGUUGAUGUUGUUGUAAGCCCGCCUUUUGUGUUUCUGCCUCUGGUACAAAGUCUCUUGCGUUCUGAUUUUCAUGUUGCUGCACAAAAUUGCUGGGUAAAGAAAGGAGGUGCUUACACUGGGGAGGUCAGCGCCGAGAUGCUGGUAAAUCUUGGUGUUACCUGGGUAAUUAUCGGUCAUUCUGAAAGGAGGGCUUUGCUUGGCGAAUCCAAUGAGUUUGUUGGAGAUAAAGUUGCAUAUGCCCUCUCUCAAGGUUUGAAAGUGAUUGCUUGUGUUGGUGAGACUCUUGAGCAACGACAAGCAGGGUCAACUGUGGACGUAGUUGCUGCACAAACAAAAGCUAUUGCAGAAAGGAUUUCUGAUUGGACAAAUGUAGUUGUCGCCUAUGAGCCAGUUUGGGCCAUCGGGACUGGCAAGGUUGCUACUCCGGCUCAGGCCCAAGAGGUUCACUUCGAAUUGCGCAAGUGGCUCAAGGAAAAUGUGAGUGCUGAAGUUGCUGAAUCAACGAGGAUUAUUUAUGGAGGUUCUGUAAAUGGAGCAAACUCCAAAGAACUGGCAGGGCAACCUGAUGUUGAUGGAUUCCUUGUUGGUGGUGCUUCUUUGAAGCCUGAAUUUGUGGACAUCAUCAAUUCUGCUACAGUGAAGUCUGAGUAGACUAUUUUGGUUUGCUCUUUUUCUAAUCUGCGGCAUUGUAAGGCUUGGAGGCAAGUGACCAUGUGAUGUGGGCUACAUUAUCUUAUCCUACACCACCAGCCUAACUUACCACAUCCUUCAACGAAUACCGGCCUGCUCCACUACUAUUUUACUUUUUGUUACUGUUUUAUUGCCUUCUUUGCCAACUAGUGGCAGGAGGAACGUUUCUAGUAUUUCCCUUUCUUUUACAGCAAUUACUAGUUAUAUUAGGCAGCCGGCUGAAGGUAGGAAGAAGAAGAUAAUAUAAUACAAAGUUACUUUUACUCC